CUUUGAAAGCAAAACACUGCAGCAUCUUGGCAGCUCUGAGUCGGGAAGGGAUCAGGGAGGCUGUGCCUCCGGGUUGCACAGAGUCCGAGUCAUUUCUCAGAAGGUUUUGAUAGGUGGGCCUUAGAGGAGACGCCGUCGCACCCUAGAGCACCGCAAGAAUUGGAAAACACACCCCUCUCUGUGUGCCUGGGAAACACGGAAAUAGGCACUUCUCUGAGCGAAGCUGAGGAGAAUGCUGUAAAUCAGCCAAAGGAGCCUCGAAGUACUCUUUUGGUGUGAGGAAGAGAUGGCUGCUGGAGGGAGGUGAACACCACGAGGAGAGAUGGCAUCUACCCUGAGUCCCGCCUAGCAGCAGUUCCAGCCCCUGAGCCAGGCCUGGCACCAUGAGCCACUAGACCACCAUGGAUGGAGCCCACAGCGCAGCCCUGCAGCUGCAGCAGCUGCCUCCCACAAGCAGCGCCAGCGCCGUGAGUGAGGCCUCCUUCUCCUACAAGGAAAACCUGAUCGGCGCCCUCUUGGCGAUCUUCGGGCAUCUUGUGGUCAGCAUUGCCCUUAACCUCCAGAAGUACUGCCACAUCCGCCUGGCAGGCUCCAAGGAUCCCCGGGCCUAUUUCAAGACCAAGACAUGGUGGCUGGGCCUGUUCCUGAUGCUUCUGGGCGAACUGGGUGUGUUCGCCUCCUACGCCUUCGCACCGCUGUCACUCAUCGUGCCCCUCAGCGCAGUCUCUGUGAUAGCCAGUGCCAUCAUAGGAAUCAUAUUCAUCAAGGAAAAGUGGAAACCGAAAGACUUUCUGAGGCGCUACAUCUUGUCCUUUGUCGGCUGUGGUUUGGCUGUUGUGGGUACCUACCUGUUGGUGACAUUCGCACCCAACAGUCACGAGAAGAUGACAGGCGAGAAUGUCACCAGGCACCUCGUGAGCUGGCCUUUCCUUUUGUACAUGCUGGUGGAGAUCAUUCUGUUCUGCUUGUUGCUCUACUUCUACAAGGAGAAGAACGCCAACAACAUUGUCGUGAUUCUUCUCUUGGUGGCGUUACUCGGCUCCAUGACGGUGGUGACAGUCAAGGCCGUGGCCGGGAUGCUUGUCUUGUCCAUUCAAGGGAACCUGCAGCUUGACUACCCCAUCUUCUACGUGAUGUUUGUGUGCAUGGUGGCAACCGCCGUCUACCAGGCUGCGUUUUUGAGUCAAGCCUCACAGAUGUACGACUCCUCUUUGAUUGCCAGCGUGGGCUACAUUCUAUCCACAACCAUUGCUAUCACAGCAGGUGCAGUAUUCUACCUGGACUUCAUCGGGGAGGACGUGCUACAUAUCUGCAUGUUUGCACUGGGGUGCCUCAUCGCAUUUUUGGGUGUCUUCUUAAUCACACGUAACAGGAAGAAGGCCAUUCCAUUUGAGCCCUAUAUUUCCAUGGAUGCCAUGCCAGGUAUGCAGAACAUGCAUGAUAAAGGGAUGACUGUCCAGCCUGACCUCAAAGCUUCUUUUUCCUAUGGGGCUCUGGAAAACAAUGACAACAUUUCUGAGAUCUACGCUCCUGCCACGCUGCCAGUCAUGCAAGAAGAGCACGGCUCCAGAAGUGCCUCUGGGGUCCCCUACCGAGUCCUAGAGCACACCAAGAAGGAAUGAGACUUGCCUCCCUUGAUUUAUAACUGUUCCCGCCAGGCCAACAGCGGUUCAACCCUGAAUCCUAAAACUUGCCUUUUACGUCUCAUUUUGUUUUUAACUGAGAAUCUACGGAGGAUGAUCUCAGAAAGCCUUUGUCUCUGGCAAUGGAUGCAUUAUCUUGGUCUUGAAAAUUUCAAAUGAUGAAGGUGGGGGAUGGAAGCAGUAUUCCAGGUGGGCAGGAUGGAAUUCAGCCUCUGCUGGAUUAGCCCAGUGGGAUUUGGAAAGCCUUUCUAUCAUCCUUGAGGAUGGUAACUGAGCUUCCUCCAACAGCAGCCAAAGGUUGCUUAGCUUCAGAGCUAAAACAAGGCAGAGAGUCUGCUGUUAAUUCUCAAAUCCAGGGAAAGGUUGGACACCUCUAAAUCUCUUCUUUCUCCACCUCAUGUGCAUGUCUGAUCUCUCCCUGUCACACUCCUGAUGCCGUAUCUGUGAUAGCAUUCCUGUCACCUUCACAUGACAGGCUGGACCAGCCCUGGGUGGAAGGUUCUGACAUUUGUGUUUCAGAAAUGUACCCCUACCUUCCAGUCAUCUGUGCCCUUCUAGGAAAGAUGUGCUUGAUAUAUUCAAAUUGGAUCUACUCUGAAAAGUAAUUUGGUUAUGGUCCUGUGAGGACUACUUGUUUGUCUGCCCUGUGCCCCUAAUGGAAUUAGGAAGUUAGAAGGGGAAGAAUAGGAGAAUAGGAGAGGGUGAUGUUGCUUCAGUCCAUUAAGGAAGAAAAGUCCCCCUUACUCUUACAAAAGGUGAUUGCACCACUUAAAAAAGAAUAGGUAGAAAAUAUGAUCGUUUUAUGUGUUGUUUCCUGCAUACCAGUGCCCCUGGGAAGAUGGGGAUGCUUGUUUCAAAGACAGCCUCUUCACCUGUCCUCCUAUCUCUCCAUUACAGAGUCACAAGUCAAGCUCAAGUUACUGGUUAAUUUCCUUGAAAUCAAUAGAGACUCUGGGUCCUCAUCCCCACACAUAUAGGUCUGGGAGAAGCAAGCAUUCUCAAAAACAGGGCUGUUGCUUUCUUUCUGGCUGCAUAUAUAUUUGACUGUCUUCCCCUAGACUGAUGGUAUACUUUUGAGAGGGGCAGAUAAAGGUUUGCAAACUUUAAUGGGCAUAAGGAUCUCCUAGGGGUGUAUGUAAGAUGCAGAUUCGUGCACCCCAACUGCAGACACUCUAAGUGGGACUGGAGUGGGGUCCAAGUGUCUGCAUUCUUAACUGGUACCACCCGUGAUUCUGAUGUGAUGCUGCAAUCCUGAGAUUUCACACCUGGAAAGCUUAGUAAUUUAAAAAGAUGUUCUGCUAAAACCCCCAGGGCUCCAUGCACCCUCACUAGAAAGUUUCCUCUCAAGGGUUCCUUUGGCAGGUUAAGUAACCCCCAUAGGAUCUGUGGCAUUUCUUAGAGCUACACUCACCAAUUCCCUAGACAGCCUUUAAUAGGCAUGAUAACAGUGUUAAUAGACCAGUGUUGAUAGAUCAUUUAUCUUUAUUGAUUGUGCUUAAUACUGAUUUAGUACCUUGACUUCAAAACUGACAUCUAUUGCCUGUGAUAACCACUUCUGUAUUGUGUCUUAACUGCCUAAGACGGCAACAGACAGUGGGCUUUUCCUUAGGGUGGGUAUCAACUCAAUUCAAUAUUUAUAAGGCAUUUACUAUGUGUUAAGCAUUUGGAAGGCCAAAGCUACAAAGACAAGACAUAGUUCCUGCCCUCCAGGCCAGAAGAGGGAGCCACAAAUACCCAGGAAUCUCUGAGUGGUGUGAAGUGCGGUCGUGGGCCACAGAAAAUGACAGUGAUGGAGACCCUGCUAAAGGUCAGACCCUGGGCUCAAAGGGGUAUUCAGAAGUGGAGAUUAUUUUGGCCCCACUCAUAGUUGGGUGGCAAAUCUAAGAUUUGCACAAAGCAUAUGAAAAUAGGGUGAUCACCUCUGUGGCAGAGGGGCCAGCAUUUGCAAAGGCACAGAGAUUAAGAGGAGCUGGGCAAAGAAAAGAGAGCCAGGGAAGGUGGUAGGAGACAGGGUUCAAAGCUAAGUAGUAGAAGCUGGGCCCAGUGGCUCACGCCUGUAAUCCCGGCACUUUGGCAGGCCAAGGCUGGACGAUCGCUUGAGCCCAGAGGCUUUAUAUCAGCCUCGGUAACAGCAAGACCUUGUCUCUCCUAAAAAUUAAAAAAAAAAAAAGACUGGGUGUGGUGGUACAUGCCUGUGAUUCCUGCUACUCAGGUGGCUGAGGUGGGAGGAUCGCUGGAGCCCAGGAAGUCAAAGCUACAAUGAGCCAUGAUCACACCACUGCACUUAACCUGGAUGACAAUGAGACCCUGUCCCAAAAAAAAAAAAAAAAAAAAAAAAAAGCAGUGGAGGUCAAAUCAUGGAGGAUCUUGAAUACCUGGCUAAGGAGUUUAAAGUGUAUCUUAGAAAACAUGGGAGCCAUUGAUGGUUCAUGAGGAAGAGAAGGGCAGGAUGAGCACUGAUUGAAAAGGAGGGCUUAUUCAGCAUGGAGGAAGAAUCAGAAGGGAGAAUAAGUUACUUUCUUCAAGCCUGCAAGAACAAAAAACACAAAGUGGAAAUUAAAAUCAGUUUUCACUGCUAUUUAUAUAUUCCUCCUUUCCCAAGUGAUUUUUCUAAAGCUGGGAGUGGGGACAGGAGGGAGAAAGGGAAGGUGAGCAGGGAUGCUAUUUAGAUGUACCAAACCUAGGUGAUCAGUAAUAAUUUAGGCAUAUAUGUGCUCCCAAACUUAUUCUUCCCCCUUCCUUCCUUUUUUUUUUUUUUUGGUAUGAGCCUUUUAGCUUUGGAGCCAGCUUUCUUGAGAUGAGUGAAUGAAUGUGCUUUGUAAUUUCAGGUCUGCUGCAGAUCAUGGGGACAGCGCCACCCAGGAACUGCUUCUGCAGCCUGGGAAGCUCCCUUGCCUUCGGGUCUGGGGCAGUGGCAUCAUCCCACAAAGCUGAGCCAUGAAAGGGCCAAGCAGAAAGUUAGAUGGUGGGUUCCUGAGUGGAAGCCAUGCACAGGUCACUUGAGUAGUCAGGAAGAACAGCUGAUGUGGAGCCGUCAUCUAUCUUGGGCUGGUUCCUCCUGGUCUUUGUCCUGUGAUAUAAAUGGACUGUCUGCUGAUGGCCAUACGCAGCACUGGCUGUUAGGAUGGGGAAGGGAUGCCUGGGAACCAGGUGUGCCCAGGCAUCAGAUUUCCACUACUCACGGCUCUGACUUCCCCAAGCCCUCUUGAAUGCUCCAAGCAAUGUUAAAUUUCACACCUGAAUCUCCUUCCGAGCAGCCCAGGUACCUAAAGCAAGGUCACCAAACGUGCAUUUAAACUUCAGUUGCCAUCAUAUCAGGCUUCAGGUUAUGCAGUUUGCAGCUUGGAGUUGAACGCUUGGUGGAGAAGGGAGGGCUGACUCCCCAUUGCUUUUCUAGUGGAAACCAGCCAGUUUGAUGGCGCUGUGCAGAUAAAGGACUCCAUCAGGCUAGUGCUGGAGAGCCAGCCCUGCAGCCUUCCUUGUGAAUUCACAUCUGUUCCAACACUGGCCAAUAGGCAGAAAAAAGGUUAUUUGUGUGUUUCUAUGAGAAGCUGAGCAAAUGAAGUCACCAUGAAGUAUAUAUUCUGUGCGGAUGCUUAUAUUUUGUUAACUUCCCGACUAACGUGGCAUGUCUUAUUUAAAAAAAAAAAAGUAAUAGGUGCCAAUAAUAUUAUGAAGUGGUAUUUAAUUAAAAAUCCAUGCAGUGACAGCUGA